AUGAACGUAUAUGGAAAAGUACCAUCUUUAAUUUUUUAUUCGUAUCUGUACAUACAGAAUAUUAAGGGGCACUCAAUUCCAAAUUUAAAACAAGAUUUAAACAACUACAGGGAUAUUAGGAGUAAAUAUAUUAAGGCUGAUUCCAGUAGAACAGGUCACGUUAGUACUGGAGCCAAUGAAGUCGGUAGCACCCAAAUCGUAAACCAUAAACGUGCAUUGCAACAAACUGGGACUUGCUUAGUAUCGGUUGAUAUUAAGGAAAGGGAGUGCACGGAAGAGGUGUACUACGAAUACAACGAAGAGGAUGACACUCACACCUUCACACCAACGCGCGGAUGUCUGAUAAGAAAAGUAACCAAGGGCACUAGACUCCUGUGGCACUCCAAGGACUUUAACCACCAGUACGGGAGUCGCGUAUUUGUGGGAAUAAACGAAGACUCGGAGCCAGUGUUUCGAGUAUACUUCCCGAGGACCGAAAUAGUAGAGGAUCAUCGGGAACAUAAUCCCAACCUGGUUCGAGUGGACCUACAAGACAGAUAUAGCAACGGAUUCUUCAGCUACAAAUAUGAUCCGAAUCUGCAGGCCCACACGUUCACGCCGAAACCACCAUACGCCUUUUACAAGGCCACCAAGGGCAACCACGUAGUGUGGAAGCACGAGGACGGCAAUUUUCCAUCACGUCUGCUCAUAUUUACAGAUGAUUACGGCCAGUCGGUUUUGAGAGUGCAGUUCCCGAAAUCUGAUGGCGAUAUGACAGGGGAAGAAGUAGAACCGUUCGACCCGAUGGAAGGAAUAGAAAUCAUAACAGAAGGGAGCCCGAAGGCCAACGAUUCGACGAAAUACACAGUCAAAAUAGAUAGCAAUGUUUGCUUAUUUAGGUUCAAUGAAGGCGCAAAGUGCACUCAGGUCAGGCACAUGGGUCAGAAGGUGUGGAGCCACGGCGAUUUUGGAUACGAGGAGUACCCAGUGAGCGUCGGAUACUUCACAAACAAGAUAAUCGACGUGUACAUGGGCGGACCGCUGAUAUUCUAUGAAAGGAGCCUCAACGGCGUUUGGAAGGGAAAGGAGAGUGACCUUAUAAUAUACGUGCUGGACCCUGACUACCCUAAGAAGAAAAAGCAGAUUAGCGUUGACCAGUACGACCUGAGGAUAGAGCACGGAGACAUUGAUUACCUGCUGUACAAGGGGGUAAAGUGUACAAAAGUGAAGCACAAGUACAAGACGAUAUGGAAGUACGACGGUGACGAGUAUCCAACCUCAAUAACGUACAUAGAGGACAACAUGAUUUACAUCUACUUCACUAGGACGUUUGUGCUGUACGUCAGGGACAGGGACGGAGAGUGGAACGAGCACCAUAGCGACGACAUAUAUAAGAAGAACAGGCAGGUUUACAAGAGAAGCAAUGAAAGCCGAUUUGAUAUGUUCAAGUGGGUUGACAAAUACGCUUGA